AUGUCCCUCUCCAAUCCCACAUUGGAAGACAUCAUGUCACAUGCAGUCGACUCUCUUAGCCUCCACUUACCCCCUUCUGUGACAGCUAAUACUUUCCCCCACCUCACGGCUCUUAUCGACUCCGAGUCCACCCUCGCCGGUUACCAACUUGGCGUCAAUUGUUUCCUCACGUUCUGUGCCAAUAAUAGCAUUCCCCUCAAGUUCACCCUCCCAGCCAAUGAAUUCUUACUCUGCACCUUCGCAGCAUUCGAAGCUGGCUCACGUUCUGGCGGCACCAUCUCCAACGACCUAUCUGGAAUUCGGGCCUGGCAUAUACUCAAUGGUGUGCCAUAUCAAGGCAGUCUCCGCCUGUCAUAUACCAUUCAUGGUGCUCAUCGUGCGACCCCCACUGACUCCAAAAGGCCAGCUCGUCCACCCAUCACCAUCGAUAUGCUCACUCUUCUCCACAUCCACCUCGCCCCCACAGACCCUCUUGAUGCUGUUUGCCUCAUGGUUGCUGAUUGCACGACAUGGGGCCAAGCUCGGCUUGGGGAAUUUCUGCCCUUGUCACAUGCCAAAUUCUCACCUCAGUACUACAUCUCUGUAUCUGGCCAAUCCCGCAUGCUAUUUCUCCCAUGGUCGAAAAUGGCAUGUGAACAAGGAGAGGAUUUGUUCCUCGGUCACCAACACGCACUGUGUGAUCCCAUAGCCUCGCUGGAGAACCAUCUCUCCAUCAAUCAUCUUCUUCCAACCUCCCACCUCUUUGCAUACCGUUCACUGACUGGUUCACUACACCCCCUCACUAAGUGCAAGUUCCUUUCUCACUGCAAUGAUGUCUGGUCUCAAAACGGCUACCCAUCUAUCUCUGGCCAUUCAUUUCACAUUGGCGGCACCACAGAGCUUUUGCUCCGUGGCAUACCCCCCCCACAUAAUGCAUUCCUGCGUUAUUGGUGUUGCCUCAAGCAGCUUGCCCCUCUGCAUGCUGAAAUGAUAAGCCCUCGAAUCUCAUCUUCCUCAUGA